AUGUUCGACGGAUUACCUAGUGAAUAUGAUAUUAUUGUUGUUGGAACUGGGAUAGUCGAGAGUAUUCUAGCAUCUGCUUGUGCUCGUAUUGGAAAGACUGUACUUCAUGUUGAUACGAAUGAAUACUAUGGUUCGGAAUGGGCAUCUUUUCCGUUAAACGGUUUAAUAGAAUGGGCUCAAAUGCAGGAAAAUCCUGCGACAAAUGUCGAUCCACAAGAUGACAAUGAAAAAAUUAUGCCAAUUUCUAGUCCAUUGAAUGUUUUUCGUAAUGUGCAAUUUAAAUGGAAUAUUGAAAAAACUAAUGAACAAGCAUCGACAACUGAAAAUGAAACUCCGAAAAUCACAAUAGAUGUUUUAGAGAAACAAUCAAGGAAAUUUAAUAUUGAUUUAAUACCAAAACUUUAUUAUGCAACGGGUGGUCUUAUUGAUCUUCUUGUUCAAUCUAAUGUGGGUAAAUAUUGCGAAUUCAAGCUUGUUUCUCGCCUUUUAUUGGAACGGAAUGGACAACUUGAUAAUGUACCAAGCUCACGAUCGGAUAUAUUUAAUUCAAAUGAUAUUAGUCUUAUCGACAAACGAUUACUCAUGAAAGUUAUUAUGAAUUGUUCAUCAAUGGCUAUAGAAGAUUUAAAUGAAGAUGAAAACAUUCCAUUUAUUGAUUAUUUAAAAAAACAAAAAUUAAAUGAUACACUUUGUCAUUUAAUUAUUAAUUCCAUAUCAAUGGUUGAUUAUAAUGCAACAACCAAAGAAGGCGUAAUGAAAGCUAAACGAUAUCUCGAGUCUAUAGGACGCUAUGGUAACUCACCAUUUCUCUAUCCACUCUAUGGAAAUGGCGAAAUGAGUCAAUGUUUUUGUCGUCUAUGUGCUGUUUUUGGUGGUACUUAUUUUCUACGUUUUCCAUUAGCUGGUUUUACCAUUGAUUCAUCAACGAAUCAAUGUUCUGGUAUUGUGGCCACGACAAAAGAAAGAUUUCGUGCUAAAGAUGCUGUUAUUUGUAAUCAUGCACUUAUGGACUCGAUAUCAUCCAAUAGAAAUGUUAUUCAUCGUAUGGUUUUAAUUACAAAUCAAUCGAUCAAAUCAAGUGAAAAAGACGAAAUAACAUAUCUUCGUCUUAGUGGUCCAAAUGAAUCCGGAAUUCAUAUCAUUGAAGUUGGCCACGGAUCAGGAUGUACACCAGAUGGAUUUUUUCUUUUGUAUAUUUUCCAAGAAAAACCUGAUGAAAAUAUCAAUCAGAUUAUUGAACGCUUGUUAAAGUUAACAGGAGACCAAUUUACUCAAAGUAAUAUUCUUGGACAAUUAACAUUUGAUCAAGUAGAAACAAUAUCAUCGUCAGCACCAUCAUUAAUACUAAAACUUUUACUUGCACAUGGACCCGAUGGUUCUAUUAAUCAUGAUAGUGCUGUGAAUACGGCUCGAACAAUGUUUUAUCAAAUAUAUUCAAAUGGUGAAGAAUUUUUAGCACGUGCACCUGAUCCAGAAGAUAUUAUUAUUGAAGAUGAUGGUAAUGCAAGUAAUACUUCUACCUUCAAUACGAACGUUGAAGAUGAAAAUUCUACUUUGAAUACUGAUGCCGACAAUGACGCUUCUAAUUCGAAUACCAAUGCCGACCAAGAAACUUCAUAA